UCCUCUGCGUGCUGCUGGGUGCUCGGGAGGAAUGGUCCCAGUGGUCACAGCUCCCUGCGAGGACGGCUCUUACGGUGCUGUUACGGUGCCUGCCCUCCUCAGUGCUGUGCGAAUGUUCUCAAAGCCAAGCCCGUUUUAAAAAAUGCAGAGAAAAAGAUUUUCCUUAUUGUCCUUGGGUUAGCCAAUAAAGGACCAAACCGUUUGGGUUUGGAUUUCUCUAAGAUGAAAUACGGAUCUGGAUGCAGCUCUCCAAGGAGAAACCAGAGCUGUGCAUCUCAGGUGGCACCGGUUUCGCCUGCCAUGGAGCACGUCAUGCAGUGCCAGGCUGUGCUAUCACGUAACCUGUUGCAGCCUGCAGCCUUGGGUGGCCGCUGGGUGCAGCGCAGAGCCCUUGGGCCCCUUCCUGAACCAUGGGCAACGUGAUUCCCUCUGUGCUGGUGCAAAAGGAGAAGGGGUGGGGGCCCUCACCCCAGCAGCGAGGGGACCCCCUUGCAGCCACCAGCUCCACCUGUCACCCCAAAGCUAUCACAGUCCCAAUUCCCCACAGUCGUGGUAUCGCCCACGUUCAGGCAAUGCCUGUUCUGCUCACAUCAAGAUCUCCAGUGCUGGUUGGGGCUGCUGCUGCCCACCCUCACCCCUCAGCUCCCCGCUGAUCCAGGCGUCAAAGCGGUAUUUGUCCACUUUCUUCUCCCUUUGUUCUGCUGUACUCGGUGUGUCUGACUUCCCACACUGAUUUGGCUCCGGGUUCUGCGGGCUUUGAGAAUCGCUUUGGUGAGUGCUGGACCUUGAGAUGUCAUUCUCUUUAUGGGAACCUGCAUUGGUUUAUCUAAAAUAUUUGGUCAUCAGAGACCUCUGCAUUCAGCGGUGCGACGCCCCGUUGCCAUCAGGUCUGAAGGGUCACUGCACAGGAGCUAUUUCCCAGUGCCUGCUGCCGUGUGUUGACCAUCGUUGGGUCUUUACGGUCAGUCAGCCUUCCUAGCGUGAUUGAUUGCCCAAAGAGCGAAGCGGUCCAGGAGGGAUGACAACGUGAUACCAUCUUGUUAACAGCUCUCUUCCAUCUUAUCAAAUGCCACGAUCUGGCAGUGACAGCCCGGCUUUGUGCUCCGGGGGUGCCUGAGUGAUCAGGUUGCAGCACAGUGACAGCUCCAUAAGUACUUUGGCACCUUUGUCAUCCCCUCCUUGGCCUCUAGCUAAGGUAUUUCUUAAAGCUGGAAUUAACGUGUGACAGAAGCUGGCUAAUCUCCUGGAAAUACUUAUUUCCAAGUUUGCAGAAAGUAUUAACUCUGAGAAAGCAUUUUUCUGGGCUAUUACUCCUCCAAGCUGGGGAUCAGCCCAUCUAACCUUGUCCUUAAUCAUUGUGGCAGCAGAGUGAACAGUUCAUGGCUGUCCCCUGGGUUGGGCAGUGUGUCCCCUCCCAGGGGCAGGCUGCAAGGUGCAGGCGUGAAGUGGGGCUGUGUGGGUCUGCAGCCCCCAGAGGAGAACUGUUCUGUUCUGCCCCAGAGCUCCUGCUGUGGAGCAGCUCGAAGAGCAAUGCUGGGGCCAGGAGUGAGGGGACAGGGAGAGAGCCAUGGUGACUGUGGAUGCACGUGACAUGUGCUUUCCUACCAUGGUUACUCAUCUCACCUCCAGUCCUGCAGCACGUGGAGGCAGUGAUGGGCUCAAAAGUGACGUCUGAGUCCACAAUCAGACAGAAUCUAUAAGCUCAGGGUAUCCAUAAAGCCAUGACACCCGACCCAUGUGCCUUAUGGCAGCGUCACUACUCCCUGCCAAUUCAAUGCCUCCUUCUGCUCAACUACCAAACAGGUUCUGAGCCAUUCAGGUCACUGCUGGUAAGCGGUGGGUGAGGUCACAGGUUCUGGGUACAUUGGGUCUUGCCUUGUAGGCUCAGUGAAUACCCAGCUCUGAUACCAGCCCCAUGGUCUGCCAUGGCACUGGGAUGAAUCUGGCCCUUCCUUCAACAUCCCUAACACAUGGCACGUACUCACUGCAUCUCUACCCAGUGUUUUGACACAGUUUUCUGGCAAGGCCUUAAUUUCAGAUGGAGAAAAAAAGAGUAUUUUACCAGGGCAUGACUUUAAAGCCACGUCCACAUCUUGAUACAGCCCCAACCCACACUGCUCUAACCCAGAAGCAGUGUGUCCACAUCCCGUGAGCACUGGCACCCAGUGCUGGACUGACGUCUGCUGCUACAGCUACUGGUUGUUGCUCAACAAUUUACCCAACUCCUAAUAUCUAUAAGGAAAUAUUUGCAGUGGAAGUCACCAGAAACCAUGUCUUGUUUGUUUUGCUCCCCCCUAAUUAUUCUGGAUGCCCUCGGUGACAUCGUUUGCCUCAUUCCUAUUGAAAAGUCCUGUAUAUAAGGAUGCAUGCUGUGGGUCGUCUGCAGAAGGCAGGGACAGCGGCUGAAGACAUCCUUGUUCUGCAGAGAUCGGUUGGGUAAGAGCAAAACUAUUCCUCAAAAAGCACGCUCUUAGCUUCUGCUUCUGCAAACCCCAGUGCCUCCCAAAGGAGAAGCCUUGAUGUGAGCUUAUGGCUGUGGACUUUUUAACAAAAACUGUUAUUCUUGGCUGCUGCAAGAGGUGGAGAGGUGCCAGGAGCUUUCUCUCUGAUUUUGUCUUCUCUGAGAGGCAUUCCUCCUUUUCUAUCCUCCUUCCUCCUCCUCCUUGCUACAGCCAUCAGCUGGUGCUCACUGUCCAGCACUACACUGAUGCCAAUUGCUUCCAGUUACCAGGACUGAAGAUGGGUGUGUUCUGGGUGGUUUUCCUCACCUGUGGCCUGCUCACCUCUUCUCAAGGACUUCCUGGGAGUGCCCCGGUGUCUGCCAGGGUGGAUAAAGGCGUGCUAGAAAGUGCCAUUACAGGGUCGCUAGCCAAUGGCAACCUUCUCCAGGGGCUACUGGAUGGUCUGCUCGGCGCCGAUGGACUUCUUGGUGGUCUGCUAGGCCCCAAUGGACUUGUUGGUGGUCUGCUUGGUGGCGAUGGACUUGUUGGUGGUCUGCUUGGUGGCGAUGGACUUGUUGGUGGUCUGCUUGGCGGCAACGGACUUGUUGGUGGUAUCCUAGGUGGUGAUGGACCUGCUGGUGGUCUACUUGGUGGUGAUGGUCUUGUGGGUGGUCUCCUUGGAGGUGGUGGACCUGUUGGUGGUCUCCUUGGUGAUGAUGGUCUUGCGGGUGGUCUUGUUGGCGGUGAUGGAGCUGUUGGUGGUCUCCUUGGAGGAGAUGGACCUGCUGGCAGUCUCCUUGGCGGUAAUGGAGCUGUUGGCGGUCUCCUUGGUGGUGGCGGACCCACUGGCGGUCUCCUUGGUGGUGAUGGCCUUGUGGGUGGUCUCCUCGGCGGCGGACUCCUUGGUGGAAGUGGUAACAAGGGUCAAGGCUCGCUUCUUGGAGGAGAUCUCCUUGGCAAGGACGGUCUGCUGGGCACCGUGCAAGGACUCACAGGGCUGAGAAUUGUGAACAUCACUCUCCCCAAAAUAACUCUGCGCUUCCUGCCAGGCAUUGGGCUCCAGCUGAAUAUCUACACCCAGCUGCUGAUAGAUGGCAAUGGUGCCGUGGGCGGACUGCUCCAGCUCCAGGUGGAAGCAAACAUCACUGCAAGAGUGCGGCUGGUCCAGGACAAGUCAGGGGCUCUCAGGCUGGUGGUUGAAGACUGCAAGACCCUUCUUGGAGACAUCAAUAUCCGUGUUGGACCCAAAGUGCCACUUGUGGAAAAAACCUUAAAGAGUGUCCUUGGGAACGUGCUGCCCAGGCUGCUGUGCCCCGUCGUUGACACCGUGCUGGGCGUCGUGAACUCAUUGCUGGGCUCUGUUACCUCUGUGCUCCCUCUGGGGGCUCUGGGAAAUCUCCAGUACACGCUGUCCUCCCUUCCCAUCAUUGGCGACAAGUCCAUCCAACUGGAUCUGAACCUCCUCCUCAGGGAUGCAGAGGGCAACGUGGUGGAGCCAGCAGGAGGUCUGUCGAUGCCCGUCACCCUGCCACCAGCCUCAGGUCCCGGGGCUCAGCUGGGGCUGUCACAGGGCGUGCUGGGUGCCGUGCUGGCGCUGGCACAGAGGCAGGGAGCCUUCAGCAUGGACAUCUCCAGCUCGGCAGUGCCCAACAGCAUCCCGCUGACCACCUCAGCCCUGCUCUCAGCCUUCCCCCAGCUCAGCACCGUAUUGCCCGGGUCGCUGCCUCUGGCAUUGCGUGUACGCCUGGCUGAUGCGCCCGUGGUGGCCCUGAGGGACGGGAAGGCCACUGCCACCCUGCGAGCAGCCAUCGACGUCCUUGCAAACCGCCCUGGCUUCCCCCCGCAGACCCUCUUCACCCUGGACUCGGACAUCGUUCUGGACGUCACCCCGUCCGUCUCCGGUGGCCGUCUGCGCAUCGCCCUGGCUGUGGACAGAGUCAACCUGAGACUGGCAUCCUCGCAGCUCGGCCCCAUCAAUGUCUCCCGGCUGGAAGGAUGGGUGAAGGACGUCCUCGCAGCUGCAUACACGCCUGCCAUCAACAGUACGGCGGGGGAUGAACCCCCCAUCCAUGCCCAGCCUGUAGCCCCCUCCCUGGCUGGCACUUUUGGGGUUUCAUCUCUGCUGAGCCGCUCUCUCUUGGUCUUGCAGAUGCUGUGGGCAUGGGGAUCCCGCUGCCCAACAUCUUCAACACCAGCUUUGAGAACGGCCAGGUGGACGUGGCUGAUAACACUUUCGUGAUCAACCAGAGCAGAGUGCUCUAAAACCAUCUCGUACUGGAGGAACCUCCACUUUGCUCCUGGGAUGAGACAGACAAUUCCCCACAGAACCCUGGCCAUCCCCAGUUGCUUUGUCUUUAUUUUCUCCUGGGCACCAUCUCGGUUUAUCACCGUGGCCCCAGAAGAAGGGCUGCUUCAGCUCUGUCCAUCCUGCUGCAGCCCAAACUCCGGCACGGAGAUGCUGCUCAGCUGCUGGAUGUCAGGGGGGACUUUCUGUGGCCAAUUCUAACACCCAAAGUCUGGAACCGCAGCUGUUGUUUAGGUAUCGAUGUUCCUCCCAAAUUGCUCUUUCAAUAAAGUCCUUCACUGCGUCAAUA